ACAGAACAUGAAAGGUUUGAAUUUUCCAUAAACAAAAAUUAAACGUUACAAUAUAAUUAGCAAAAAGAAGUUUGUUUUCAUCAACAGAUUAACUAAAUGCGGAAUACAUUUGGUAUAAAUAAGAACAAAGUAUAUCUUUCUUUGUAUCUGAAAUUAAAAACAAGCUUAAACACUUAUAAAAAUCUAAAAAGAAGAUUAACAAUGGCUGGUUUGAAAGUUUUUUGUUUUGCUUUGCUCCUUGUUCUCACUUUUUCAGUUGAUGUUGAAGGAUAUGUUGUAGAGAGUGGUUCCUUGUGUUGUAAUAGCCACCCGAAAUUUGGAAAGUGCAACACAAACAACGACGAGCAGAGAUGCAACAGUUGGUGUCACAAUGGAUGCGACAAUGGAAGAGGCGGUUUCUGCAAAUCUCUGCCUCACGGAGGACAAUGCCACUGUCGUUGUUAACUCUCAAUUAAAAAAAAUUAUGCAUGCGUUUGUUUGAUUACUAACAUAUGUAUGAAUAUCACAUGACUUGAU